AUUCAUAUAAUAAGGCACCCACGUCGACGAUGAGAUAACAGUAAGCUGCACACGCCAACUCCACCACCCCAACUCUUACUGCCUCAUUCGGCUACCACGUCUGCCCAUAGCCAACAUCUAAUAUUCAUCCUUCUUUCUCAUCGCCCUGAGUCACCUAUAUCUUCUCAUCGCCCUGAGUCACCUAUAUCUUCUCAUCGCCCCCUAGCCUUGCGAAGGCGAAUUUGACAGUCUCCUCCUGGUUCCACUUUUCUUUCCCAAUAUUCGGCCAAGAUGACCGGUCCCAAAGUCCAAGUCCCACAGUUAUGUGAGAGCGUUGGACCACAAUGUCCUGUUGAGGGCACCGUAUAUGGUUAUUACCCAUCGUUAGGUUGGAACGCCUUCUUCGCCGCCGCCUUCGGUCUUGCCUUCAUCCUCCAGGUCGGUCUCGGUAUCCGCUACAAGACAUGGACAUACAUGAUAGGAGUCGGUCUGGGCUGUCUCGGCGAGCUCAUCGGAUACAUUGGACGGAUCCAAUUGCACAACAAUCCCUAUGACAAUAACGGCUUCACAAUUCAAAUCGUCAUGCUCAUCUUCAGCCCUGCCUUCCUAGCAGCGGGUAUAUACCUCACGCUCAAGCACAUCGUCAUCAGCUUCGGCGAGCAGUGGAGUCGCCUCCGGCCAAACUGGUACACGUACAUCUUCAUUGCGUGCGAUAUCACCUCUCUUGUCUUGCAGAGCGCUGGUGGCGCCCUCGCUGCCACCGCCGACGACGACAACCAGAAAGCGCUCGACGCAGGCACAGAUAUCAUGAUUGGCGGCAUCAUCUUCCAGGUCGUCGUCCUCGCCAUCUUCGCCGCCAUCGUGCUCGAAUACUCCUUCCGCACCCACCGUCGCCGCGACCAACUCUCCCCCGAGGCCAUCGCCCUUUGGUCCUCCACCAAGUUCCGCCUCUUCGCUGGUGCUAUCGUCGUCGCGUACUUUGGCAUCCUCAUUCGAUGCAUCUAUCGUAUCCCUGAGCUGCUUGGCGGCUGGGCAAACGACAUCAUGCGCAAUGAGCCCGAGUUCAUUGUCCUGGAGGGUGUCAUGAUCCUCGUUACUGUUGUUGCGCAGACGGCGUUCCAUCCGGGGUGGUUCUUCCCUGCGCUCGGCGGCACGCUGUUCAGCAAGAAGAAGGGAGCCAAGAGUGUAAGUGAGAGUGAGACGGAGAUGAGUGCUAUGGCGUAGGUGGAGUGCAUCUGGGGCCGUGCAGGAUGAAGCACCCUUGGGAUUGGGAAUCUGGGACAUGGCCAUGUUUCGCUUUCCUCACGGAGUUUGGGAUGGAACGGUAAAGGAUAGAGUCGGCGUCGAGCGUCAGAGCGAUCUUAACGACACAC